GAGCGAAAUGGCGGCGGGCGCGGGAGGCGGUGCGGUGCGGCUUUCGGGCCGAGCUAGGGCAAAGAUGUGUCCUGCGCAUGCGCAGUAGGAGGAGAUUCGCUGAAAUCACCGUUUCAAUCUGGACAGAGAUAUUUUCAAAAACGCUUGGUGUGGACGGCUAUCGUUAGGGACUAGCUAAUUGCUCUCUAGUGGCUGGCUGUUACUUUUGCCUUUAGAUGGACUCAGGAAUGGAACGCCUUCAUAACCCGGGGACUAGUAAUCAUUUCUAGAUUACUUAUAAUACCUAAUACAAUAACAGUCAGUCUGGAAAGCCAUCUGUUAUCCAGAUUUUCCUGAAAGCUGAGUGUCAACAACAACAUUGACAUGGCAGAAGACCGUAAGGGAAAACAGCAAAGUCAGAAAAAAGUGAGCCAGGUCUAUCGGAGUUCAGCACAUUCCCAGACUCUGCUGGACGGACUGGCUGCACUCCGGAGCAGUGCAAGUCUGUUUGAUGUUACUCUCAUCGUAGAGGGCAAGUCCAUUCAAGCUCACCGCAUACUUCUAGCAGCAUCGUGUGACUAUUUUAGGGGGAUGUUUGCUGGUGGGCUGCGGGAGAUGCAAGAGAAGGAGAUAUUUUUACAUGACAUAUCCUACAUGGUCAUGUGCAAAAUUUUGGACUUUAUUUACACUUCUAAGAUAGAGCUGAACCUGGACAAUGUGCAGGAUGUGCUGGUGGCCGCUUGUCAGAUCCAGAUUCCGGAGGUGAUCGAUUUCUGCUCUGACUUCCUCAUUUCCUGGAUUGAUGAUGAUAACAUACUUGAGCUGUACAGACUGGCUGAGCACUACAGUCUAGCUCAGCUGAGUGACAGAAUCGACUUGUAUAUCCUGGAAAAUUUCCUGAGUUUCAGCAAGACAGAGACCUACCGCCAAUUGCCCCUGGCCAAGGUACAGCGCCUGCUGAGCAGUGACAAGCUGCAAGCAAGCUCAGAGAACGAUGUGUAUGAGGCUGCCCUGCUUUACCACUACACCCAGGAGGAAAUUGAAAGAGACCAGGUCUCCUUACAUGACCCCCCAAAGCUACUGGAGAUGGUCCGUUUUGCACUGAUUGAGCAGCAGACGUUUCAGAAACUGUACAAUCGCCUGAGUCCUUGUCCUCUCAAGGAGGUCCUAGCAGAUGCCCUGGCUUACCACCAGAAUGAGAUCCUCCAGCCUGUGCUUCAGACCCCACAGACACAGUUGCGAUCCGGAUUCCAAUGUGUGGUGGGAUUUGGAGGGAUGUAUUCAUCCCAAGAUGAUGAUUUAAGUGAUGAGGUCAAGUUUCUGAACCCACUGAGCCAGGAAUGGCAAACUUUAACCCAGGCACAGAUGCCAAAAAUGUCAAACCAGGGCAUUGCUGUUUUAAACAACUUUGCUUACCUUGUGGGUGGAGACAACAACACUGCAGGGUACAGAGCAGAGGUGAGCUGCUGGAGGUACGAUCCCCGGCACAACAAGUGGAUUAGAAUCCAGUCGUUACAGCAGCCACAUGCUGACCAUUGUGUGUGUGUAGUGGGCGAGUAUCUGUAUGCAAUUGGAGGCCGAGACUACCACCAGGAAUUAAAUGUGGUGGAACGUUAUGACCCCCGGUUAAAUUCUUGGGAAUAUAUGGCACCGCUGAAAAAGGAGGUAUACGCACAUGCUGGAGCAGCACAUGCAGGAAAGAUAUACACAGCCUGUGGGAGAAGUGGCAGAAAUUAUUUGAAGGAGCUGCACUGUUACCACCCAGAGUCAAACCAGUGGGAAGCAAGGGCUGAUGCCCCAGUAGAAAGAGCCUGGCAUGGAAUGGCUGCAGUCCAGGGCCACCUUUACCUUCUGGGCGGCAGUAACAAUGCCAAUGGGUACAGGCAGGAUGUGAUGCAGGUUUCCUGUUACAACAUUGAGCGGGACCAGUGGUCAACAGUAUCCGAAAUGCCCUUUGGCCAUGGGGAGCCAGGCAUCGCCAUCCUGGACAACAAAAUAUACGUCCUGGGUGGGAGGUCACAUGACCGCUACACGCGCACAGACUAUGUGCACAUAUACAAUGUAGCAGAUCACUGCUGGGAGGAAGCCCCUGACAUUGAAUGUGCCAAUUCGGGCAUGUCCUGCUGUGUCCUUACUCUUCCAAGGAGGCUGGUGGAGGACCGGGCAAAUCCCACACCACUAAAGCCAGCCCAGCCAGUUUGCCGCCGUCGUGCCUUCAUGCUUCCUGAAGUGGUUGGGCUUUCUGACUUUGAGGAGCUCAGUUCCAGCGAAGACUGAAGUCAGGUUAAGGUGCCAAAACUGUCAAAUACUCUGAUCCUGUGGAUAUUCACCCUCUCCCUCGUUUCUCCUCCUCAUGUUCUUAACUGCUGUUGAAGAGUCUGGGUUGUCAAAACACUGGGUAGACCUUGCCUGAUGAGGGAGGUUCCUGUACAGGAAUACAUACAGUGGCAUGCAUCCCUGGUCAAAAUUGCUGUUACUGUGAAUAGCUAAGCGAGUAAAAGAUGACCUGAUUUCCAACAGGCAUAAAGUUAAAGAUGACACAUUUCCUUAAUAUUACUUUUAAGCAAGAUUACUUUUUUGUUUCCUUCUUUUACAGUUCCAAAAUAACAAAAAAGGAUAAGGGCCCACAGCAAAAGUUUGGUCACCCUGCAUGGUCAGUACUUAGUAACACCCCCUUUGGCAAGUAUCAAGCUUGUAAAUGCUUUUUGUAGCCAGCUAAGAGUCUUUCAAUUCUUGUUUGGGGGAGUUUUACCCAUUCUUCCUUGCAAAAGGCUUCUAGUUCUGUAAGAUUAGACAAUAGGUGCAGAAGUAGACCAUUCGGCCCUUCGAGCCUGCACCGCCAUUCUGAGAUCAUGGCUGAUCAUCUACUAUCAAUACCCAGUUCCUGCCUUGUCCCCAUAUCUCUUGAUUCCCCUAUCCACAAGAUACCUAUCUAGCUCCUUCUUGAAAGCAUCCAGAGAAAUGGCCUCCACUACCUUCCGAGGCAGUGCAUUCCAGACCCCCACAACUCUCUGGGAGAAGAAGUUUUUCCUUAACUCUGUCCUAAAUGACCUACCCCUUAUUCUCAAACCAUGCCCUCUGAUACUGGACUCUCCCAGCAUCUGGAACAUAUUUCCUGCCUCUAUCUUGUCCAAUCCCUUAAUAAUCUUAUAUGUUGCAAUCAGAUCCCCUCUCAUUCUCCUUAAUUCCAGCGUGUACUAGCCAAGAUUCUUGGGCCGUCUUGUAUGCCCUGCUCUUUUAAGGUCUAUCCACAGAUUUUCUAUGAUGUUUAUGUCAAGGGACUGUGAGGGCCACGGCAAAACCUUCAGCUUACGCCUCGAGGUAAUCCAUUGUGGAUUUCGAGGUGUAUUUAGGAUCCUGUUGUACAAGCCAUCCUCUUUUCACCUUCAGCCUUUUUACAAACGGUGUGGCUUGCUUCCAGAAUUUGCUGGUAUUUAAUUGAAUCUCUACCUCUACCAGUGAAAUGUUCCCCAUGCCACUGGCUGCAACACAAGCCCAAAGCAUGAUCGAUCCACCCCCGUGCUUAACAGUUGGAGAGGUGUUCUUUUCAUGAAAUUCGGCACCCUUUUUUCUCCAAACAUACCUUUGCUCAUUGUGGCCAAAAAGUUCUAUUUUAACUUCAUCAGUCCACAGGACUUGUUUCCAAACACAGGCUUGUUUAGAUGUUUCUUUGCAUUGAGGACACAGGAAAGGUUUCUGAUGACUCUUUCAUGAAGGUCAUAUUUGUGCAGGUGUCGCUGCACAGUGGAACAGUGCACCACCACUCCAGAGUCUGCUGAAUCUUCCUGAAGGUCUUUUGCAGUCAAACUGGGGUUUUCAUUUCCCUUUCUAGCAAUCCUACGAGCAGUUCUCUCAGAAAGUUUUCUUGGUCUUCCAGACCUCAACUUGCCCUCCACUGUUCCUGUUAACUGCCAUUUCUUAAAUACGUUACAAACUGAGGAAACGGCUACCUGAAAACGCUUUGCUAUCUUAUAGCUUUCUCCUGCUUUGUGGGCAUCAUUUAUUUUAAUUUUCAGAGUGCUAGGCAGCUGCUUAGCAGAGCCCAUGGCUGCUGAUUGUUGGGACGUGGUUUGAGGAGUCAGGGUAUUUAUAAAGCUUUGAAAUUUGCAUCAUCUGCCUUUCCUUACAAUGACCGUGAACAAGCCAUUGCCCUAACAAGCUAAUUAAGGUCUGAGACCUUGGUAAAAGUUAUUUGAGAGCUCAGAUCUCUUGGGGUGCCCAAACUUUUGCAUGGUGCUUCUUUUUUUUUCCACUCUGAAAUUGUACAGAACAAAAAUAAAUCACUAAUCUUGCUUAAAAUGUUGAAAAAAAUGUUUAUGACUUUCGAAGAUCAGUUCAACUUCUACUCACUUAACUAUUCACAGUAACAGAAAUUUUGACCAGGGGUGCCCAAGCUUCUGCAUGCCACUGUAUGCUCCUCUCCCUGCCUCACCUGCACUGUUAACCUGUUGAACUGACUGUUGCUGAGCAGCCAAUUUUGACAGUGCAGGAAGAUCAUUACAUCAAAAUCUGAUUCAGUCAUUGUGGUGGUUAACAAAUAUUCCCUCAGUCAGGGACCUUGUAUCUUUCAUCCCAGCAAAAACUGUGGAGACUAAUCAUCAGUUUCAAAGCUUGACAUUCUUAGUACAUCACUAGGAAUGCUCACGGGACUGUGUGCACACUGCCAGUUCAUCAUUGAGGAGACUCACUGCAGUCUAACGUUUCGUCAUUUCUCCCUGCAUCUUCGCCUCUCCCUUGCGCUUCCUUCCCACGCGCUUCAUUCUGCUCUCGGUGAUUCUUCUCUGAAGUAUCUCUUUGCAGUUUCACUGUACAGGAGCUGGAACUCAUUCCAUGUUCUUUGUCUUCCCUCCUAUCCAAACUGUGGAGUUCCUCUCUUCAGUUUUCCAGGUGAGGCAUCUCCAUGCUGAUUAUGGCACAGCACGAGCACUUUUGCCCCUGAGUGAAGACUCACUCCAAGAAAUUUUACAGAUGGAGGUGUACAGGCUGAUCUGUCUGUCGUAGCCAGAGGGGCCAUUUGCCAUUUGGAUUAAGGCUCAGUUUGUCUCAGGAAAGAGAAUACCAUUUACCUAACAGCUGGAUGGGAAAGAUCCACAGCUGCUUCCAAGAGCAGGGGAACUGCUCCCAGUACUAUGACCCACAUUCUUGCUUGUACCUGAAGUUCACAUGGUUGUACUAGGUACAGCAGUAAUAUUCAUUAUGACAUCAGCUGCUGUGACAUGAGUUUGUGUAUGGGAGUGUGUGGGUGGGGAGUGAUCAUCAUCAUGUCUGAGUGUAAACAAACAUGCAGCUGAUAGGCGUUUGCUGCAUUUCACCAUUUCCCUACAAUGUAUUGCCCUGGCUGUACAGUGGUUUGGAGGUUUUAUUACACAUGACAGAAUUGCAGGUUUUUAAAAAAUUUAAUUCAGUUUAUUUUUUAUACUUCACUCCACUGAAGACUGCACUUUACCCAAUCAGCCGUCGUCUGGUUUUCCAGUACAUCAGCAGUGGUGAGAUUGGUGACCUGUACUUGGUUGUAUUUGACGCAGAUGCCCUGCCAUUGUUCCUAAACAUGAAAGAAGAAUCAGUAACUAACCUCGAUGCUCACUUUUAAAGUUUGAGUGUUGAUACAAAAUUACAGUCUCUCAGUCUCCUUGUGACUCGUCCUGUGGCUCACUGUGUGUUUGCCUUGUAUCUGCGAGGUGCCAUGGAAUGUGCUUCGAGCCAAGGUGCCAUAUAAAUGCAUGUACCAAGAUGUGUUGUAUUGAUAGUAAACUGCAUCUAAUCACCAAGUGCACCAAUCAUGCUCACUUCAAGAUUCCUAAUGUCCAAGAGUGACCGUAGAGGAGAUCCACUGCUAAAAAUCUUCAGCAUUUCUUUACAAACAGAGCAGUUUUGCUGGAUCCUCCAUGGCUGGUAUGAAUUUAAUGUUUACCUCACUUAAUCAUGUUGCAAACCUGUGAAGCAACCAAGAAAUUGUUAGCCAAAGUCUGGGUAAUCAUGCCAAGAAAGAGUUGACUUUAUGAACAUCAGGACAUUUUCCAAACUUUCUGAUGCAGAGUGACAACCCACUAUGCAGACCGUCAGACAGAGACUCCCUGCUGUGUUCCAAAAGCUGCAGUGCUUGCUAUGAUGCUAAAUGGUCCACCAGUCUAGGGAAAGAACAAUAUCAUUGAGAAAGGUUUUAUGAACCUAGGAACACUGCCACUUCUGUGUAUGUUUGAAAUACUGUAGGUUGUUUCCUUAGAAAGAGCUUGUUAUAGUUUACCUGGCAAUAAGGCACUGAAGAUAACUGGAAUAACAUUCGAUGGAAAUCAUCAAAUCGUGGAACUUUUUCUGGAGUUUACACUUGUCCUCCAGAGCAUUGAAGUUUUGUGUAAUUAAAACCUGCACUCAUUAUUCUCUCAAUGUCAAUUUUCUGCUGCAUGAAAUACAAAUAACAAAACUUUGUACGUUUGCAUGGAUUUUAAAUCUGGCUCAUAAUUUGUGAUCUUUAAGCUGAUUUAGGAAGGCUGUGUGUUUCCCAGCUGCUUCAGCUUCAAACAGAAGUGGGAAUGGGAACCCAUCCAACAGCAGUGCUGGGGAAUACCCUAGGAGCUCCAUGAAAGGGGACCCCUUAAGCUGAAACAUGCCUCCUCCAAUGGGCGAAGGACAAAUGUCCUGCUGCAUUUUAAAGGUUAGCAGCUUUUACCCAAGUGCCCAGACCAGUGCUUAUUCCUGCCCCAGUUCUAGUCAUUUUUCUUAUCACAGUUUGAGAGAUUUUGCUAUGCUUUAAUUUGUGGGCUUUUCAGAGUCAAAGGGCACUACAGCACAGAAACAGGUCAUUCAGCUCAUCUAGUCCGUGUUGAACUUACUCUGCCUGGUCCUAUUGAACCUCCAUCCAUACCCCACCUAUCCAAAUUUCCCUUUAAUGUUGAAAUCCACUUGUUCCACACUCACACCACCCUCUGAGUGAAGAAGUUAGCGAAUGUUUGCUAGGAGGGUUUAAACUGGUUUUGCAGGGAGCUGGGAAACGGAGCUCCAGGUCAGUAAGGAAGGAUUGGACAGGAAGGUAGAUGAAGGAAAGUAUUGAAAGGCAAAACUGAAGUAACAGGUAUGAUGGAUUGGACAGUUCGAAGUGUGUUUAUUUGCUAUAGUAUUAUGAGUAAAGAUAAUGAACUGAGAAAGUGGAUCAGUACAUGGAUAUUGUGUCCAUUACAGAAACUUGGCUGAGAGAGGGGCAGAAAGCUGUGAUUUACCAGGUUUUCAAAGUUUUAGAUAAGAGGUGGUUGUUUUAAAAAAAAGGGGGGGUGGAGUUGCACCACUAAUCACAGUUGCAGGCAGUGAAGACAUGGACAGGUCACACAGCGAGUUCAUUUGGGUGGAACUCAGGAAUAGUAAAAUUGAUGGGAUUGUACUACAGACCCCCCCCCCCCCCCCAAAUGGGACAUUGAACAGAUAUGAAAACAGAUUAAGAUGUGUAAAAGUAAAAGGGUUAUUGUCAUGGGGCAAUUUCAACUUCCCUAAUAUAAACUGGUACCUUUUCUUUGUGCAAGGGGUUUAGAUGAGGCAGAAUUUAACAGAAUCCAGGAGGGUUUAUUGAAUCAAGGUGUAGAUGGUCCAACAAGAGGAAGGUCUGGACCUGCUGGUGGGUAAUGAACCUGGCCAGGUGACUGACCUUUCAGUGGGAGACUGCGUCUUUAGGAUAGCUAGAGAAAGGGAUUGGAAUGUUCCUUGCAGGAGAAUUUUAAAUUGGAGUCAGGCAAAUUAUAAGGGCAUUAGGCAGGAACCAAGGAGUUACAGUAAUUGGGAACACUUUUUUCUGGCAAGUCCACAUAAGACAUGUGGAGGGUGUUUAUUGGAUAGAGCACAGGAAAGGUGUGUAAAGAAGGAAGGAAAGGGAUGGAAAGAUAAGAGAACCUUGGAUGUCCAGAGAGGUCAAGAAGGAAAGUGAAAACUAUGCAAAGCUUUGGAAAUUCAGAUCAAACGGAGCACGAGGAGUAUACAGAAGCCAGAAGGGAAUUAGGAAAACCAGGAGGGGCCAUGAAAAGUCCUUGGCAAUCAGGAUUAGGGAGUGGGUAGGAUCACAUAAGGAUAAAGAAGUGAACAUUUUCUGGGAUGCAAAGAGUGUGAGUGAGGUACUUAAUAAGUACUUUGCUUCUGUAUUUACUAAGGAAAAGGAUAUGGAGGACUAGGAGUUCGGUGCCGAGUAUAUAAAUAAAGGAAAGAUGGGCAGUAAGGCAAAGGAGGUGGGGUGGUGCUCUUAAUUAAGGAUGAGAUCCAGGCGAUUGUGAGAGACAUAAGGAGCAGAAUGUUGAGUCCACCUGGGUAAAGAUUAAGAAUAGUAAAGGGGGGGAAAUCACUGGUGUGUGUUAUCUAUAGGCCACCUAAUAAAAAUAUUGCAGGGGCAGAGGCGAUUAACCAAGAAAUUACUGUGGCUUGUAAGAACAGAACGGUAGUUGUCAUGGGGGAUUUUAAUUUCCACAGAUUGGGUGAAUCAGGUUGGUCAAGAAAGUCUUGAGGAGGACUUCAUGGAAUGCAUCCGUGAUGGCUUUCUUGAGCAGCGUGUUAGUGAACCUACAAGGAAAAAUGCUAUCUUAGAUCUAGUCCUGUGCAAUGAGACAGGUAAGAUUAACGAUCUUGUAGUCAGGGAUCCUCUUGGAAAGAGUGAUCAUAGUAUGAUUGAAUUUCACAUACAGAUGGAGGAUGAAAUAGAUCUAUUAUGCUUGAAUAAGAGAGACUACAACAGGAUGAGGGCGGAGUUGGCUAAUGUGGAUAGGGAGCACAGGUUAUUUGAUUUCACAGUGCUCAACAAAAGAAUAUUCCAGUGAAAAAUAAGGUCAGUAAGUGCGGGGAGAGCCAGCCUUGGAUAACUAAGGAAAGGAAAGAGAGUAUCAAAUUAAAAGCUUGUGUACAAAGUCACAGAGUAGUGGAAGUCUGGAGGAUUGGGAAAACUUUAAAAAGAACAAAUAAGUAAAAGGGAAAAUAGAGUAUGAAAGUACAAAAUAUAAAAACUAAAAGUAUUUAUAUAAAGCGGAAGAGGAUGGCUAAAGUCAAUAUAGGUCCCUUGGAAGAUGAGAAGGGGAAAUUGAUAUUGGAUGAUAAGGAAAUGGCUGAGGCAUUGAACGACUGUUUUGUGUCAAUCUUCACGGUGGAGGACACAUCUAAUAUGCUAAAGUGUGAUGCUAUGGAUAAAAUGGGAGGUGAGGACCUCCAUAAAAUCACUGUCACUAAAGAGAUAGUGAUGAGCAAACUAGAGGACCUGAAGGUAGAUAAGUCCCCUGGUCCUGAUGGGAUGCAUCCCAGGGUGCUGAAGGAAUUGGCGGAGGUUAUAGUAGAUGCACUGGUAAUCAUUUACCAAAAUUCUAUAGACUCGGGGCAGGUCCCUGCAGAUUGGAAGACAGCAAGUGUCAUGCCACUUCUUAAAAAAGGAUGUAGGCAAAAGACGGGCAACUAUAGGCCAGUUAGCUUAACAUCUGUAGUUGGGAAAUGCUUGAAGCUGUCAUUAAGGAAGAAAUAGUGAAACAUUUAGAAAGGAAUAGUUCCAUUAAACAGAUGCAGCAUGGAUUCAGAAACGGCAGGUCCUGUUUGACGAACUUGCUGGAGUUCUUUGAGGACAUAACGAGUGCAGUGGAUAGAGGGGAACAGGUGGAUGUUGUACACUUGGAUUUCCAGAAGGCAUUCGAUAAGGUGCCGCACAAGAGACUUAUAAAUAAGAUACGGAUGCAUGGAGUUGGAGGAAGUGUAUUGGCAUGGAUAGUGGAUUGGUUAACCAAUAGAGGGCAGAGAGUUGGUAUAAAUGGGUGUUUCUCCGGUUGGCAGUCUGUGGUGAGUGGGGUGCCGCAGGGGUUGGUGCUGGGCCUGCAACUGUUUAUCAUUUACAUUGAUGAUUUGGAAGAGGGGACUGAGUGUAGCGUAGCAAAACUUGCUAUUGACACUAAACUGAAUGGAAAAGCAAAUUGUACAGAGGAUGUGGAGAGUCUGCAGAGGAAUAUAGAUAGGUUAAGUGAGUGGGCCAAGGUCUGGCAAGGAAUACAACGUUGGUAAAUGCAAGAUCAUCUACUUUGGAAGGAAUAAUAUAAGAAUGGAUUAUUACUUAAAUGGUGAAAGAUUGCAGCAUGCUGUUGUGCAGAGGGAUUUGAGGAUGCUUGUUCAUAAAUCGCAGAAAGUUGGCUUGCAGGUGUUAUUGAGAAGGCAAACGGAAUGUUGGCCUUCAUUGCCAGAGGGAUUGAAUUCAAGAGCAGGGAGGUCAUGCUGCAACUACACAGGGUACUGGUGAGGCUGCACCUGGAGUACUGUGUGCAUUUCUGGUCUCCAUACUUGAGGGAGGAUAUACUGGCUUUGGAGGCAGUGCAGAGGAGGUUCACCAGGUUGAUUCCAGAGAUGAAGGGGUUAACCUAUGAGGAGUGAUUGAGUUGCCUGGGACUAUACUCUUUAGAAUUCAGAAGAAUGAGAGGGGAUCUUAGAGAAACACAGAAAAUUUUGAAAGGUAUUGAUAAGAUAGAAGUAGGAAAGGUGUUUCCAUUGGUAGGUGAGACUAGAACUAGGGGACAUUACCUCAAGAUUCAGGGGAGAAGAUUUAGGAGGGAGGUGAGGAGAAACUUUUUCCCAGGGAGUGGUGAAUCUGGAAUUCUCUUCCCAGGGAAGCAGUUGAGGUUUCUUCACUAAAUUUAUUUAAGAUACAAUUAGAUAGAUUUUUACAUAGUAGGGGAAUUAAGGGUUAUGGGGAAAAGGCAGGUAGCUGGAGCUGAGUUUAUGAACAGAUCAGCCAUGAUCUUACUGAAUAAUGGGCCGGAUGGCCUACUCCCGCUCCUAUUUCUUAUGUUCUUAUAUUAGGGUAUUUAGAGGUUAGGGUGGAGGAAGUGUUGGGUUUCCUAUUAAGUAUUAAGGUGGAUAAGUCCCCAUGGCCUGAUGGGAUUUACCACAGGUUAUUAAAGGAGACAAGAGAUGAGAUUGCUGGGGCCUUGACCAGUACCUUUGUGUCCUGGAGGACUGGUGAGUGUCUAAUGUACCUCUAUUUAAAGAAGGGAAAAUCCUGGGAACUAAAGAUUGGCAAGUCUCACAUCAGUUGUAGGGAAAUAGCUGGAGAAAAUUUUUUGAGAUAGGAUAUUUGAGCAUUUGGAAACCUGUGUCCUAAUUAGGGAGACAGCAUGGUUUUGUGCUGACAGGUCGUGUCUUACCAACUUGAUUGAGUUUUUGACAAGGUGACAAGAGAGCUUGAUGAGGGUAGGGCAGUGGAUGUUGUCUGCAUGGAUUUUAGUAAGGCGUUUGACAAGGUCCCUCGGAGUCAAAUUAAGAAGAUUAAGAUGCAUGGGGUUCUCAACGAAUUGGCUCCUUGGAUUCAGAAUGGCACAUAGAAGACAGAAAAUAGUGGUUGAUGGGGUUGAGGGGACAUAUUUGAGCUGGAGGUUUGUAAUUAGUAGUGUUUUGCACAGAUCUGUGUUGGGAUCUCUGCUGUUAAUGAUGUAUAUAAAUGACCUGGAUGAAAAUGUAGAUGGGUGGAUUAGUAAGUUCGCGAUGAUACCAAGUCUGGUGGAGUUGUGGAUGAAGACUGGCAAAGAGUACAGUGCAAUAGAGAUCAAUUGCAGAUCUGGGCAGAGAAAUGGCAGAUGGAGUGUAAUCCAAAUAAAUGUGAAGUGUUGCAAAGAGACAGUCCACUGUUUAAGGGCAAGACCCUUAACAAUGUUGCUGAGCAGAAAGAUCCUUGGGGUCCAGGUUCAUAGCUCCUUCAAAGUGGCUACACAAGUCGAUAGGGUGGUUAAGGCUUAUGGAAUGCUUGCUUUUAGUUAAGGUUUUGAGUUCAAAAGUCAGGGGUUAUGUCACAACUUUAUAAAACUCUGAUCUGGCUUUUAUCUGGAGUACUGCAUACGUUUCUAACUGCUUCACUACAGAAAGAAUGUUGAAAGUGUGCAGAAGAGGAUGCUGCCUGGUUUUGGGGGUGUGUGCUACCAUGAGAAGCUGUACAAACUUGGGUUGUAUUCUUUGGAGCGGUGGUGGUUGAGGGGAGAUCUGAUAGAGGUUUACAAGAUUAUGAGAGGUACUAGGUUGAAAUUUGUAAUACAAGAAAGGGCAUGCUUUGAAGGUAAGGGGGUAGGUUCAAAAAGGAUGUGAGGGGCAAGUUUUUUUACUCAGUGGUGGAUGCCUGGAAUGCGCAGCCUGGUUUGAUGGUAGAGGCAAAUACAUUAAAUUAGAUCGGCACAUGAGUGUGGAAGAUAGAGAAAUAUGGACAGUGUGUAUGUAGGAGGGAUUAGCUUUUGGGGAGUUUUGAUAUACUUUUUGGCUGAUUCAGCACAACAUUGUGGGCCAAAGGGCCUGUUCCUGGGCUGUACUGUUCUACGUUCCACCUCAAGUUUCCCCUAAACCUAUGACCUCUCAUCCUAGUCUAGUUGAAAAAUCCUUCUUGCAUUUACCCUAUCUGCAUUUUGUGUAUCUUUAUAAAAUCUUCCCUCAUUGUCCUACACAAUGAAGUCCUGAACUGCUCAACCUUGCCCUAUAACUUAAGACCCAGCAACAUAUUUAUAACAGACAAGAGAAAAUUUCCAGAUGCUGGAAAUCCAGAAACACACACACACUAUUGGAGGAACUCAUCAUGCUGCCUGGCCUGCUGAUUUCCUUCAGGAUUUUGAAUGCUUUUAUUCAUUUUCUUUCACAAACAAGAGAAAAUCUGCAGAUGCUGGAAACCCGAGCAACAUGCACAAAAUGCUAGCAACAUGCAUAGGGCUUCGGGCCAAAUUGUUGACUGUAUUUUUUCCAUAGCCUGGCCUGCUCCUCCAGCAUUUUGUGCAUGUUGCUAUACAUUUUCUUUGUAUUCUUUCAAUCUUAGUGACAUCUUUCCUGUCAGUAGUGACCAGAACUACUCCAAAUUAGGCCUCACCAACAUCUUGUACAACUUCAACAUUCAUGUACUCAAUACUUAGAUUUAUGAAGGUCAAUUUGCGAAAAGGUCUCAAAUCCUAUUUACUUGUGAUGCCACUUCCAAGAAAUUAUGGAUCUGUGUACCCAGAUCCCUUAGUUGCACUGCACUCCUCAGUACCCUACCUUGGUUUGUCCUCCCAAAGUACAACACCUCACACUUGUAUGUAUCAAAUUCCAUCUGCCAUUUUUCCAGAUCUCACUGCAAGCUUUUAUAGCCUUCCUUAUUGCCUAUUGCACCCCCAAUCUUAGUGUCAUCUGAAAACUUGAUGAUCCAGUUUACCACAUUAUUAUCCAGAUUGCUGAUAAUGACAACUACAAGCACACCACCAGUCACAGCUUCCUGCAAAGCCAGUAUCAAAUCCGACCUUGUCAAGGGCCUUGCUAAAGUCCAUGUAGACAUCAUCCAUUGCCUUCACUAAGUUUACUGGUAACAUCUUUGGGAAAACUCUUCAAGACUGGUUUGAUGUGACCUAUCACACACAAAACCCCAUUGACUAUCCCUAAUCAGGCCCUGUCUAUCCAAAUAUAUCCAGCCCCUGAAGCAAACAAGAAAUUAGCCAAAGGGUGGGACAAUCAUGCUAAGAAAGAACAGACUUUAUGAACAUCAGAGACAUUUGCAAAAUUUUUGAUGCAGAGUGUCAAUCCAAUAUGUUGACAAUUCUACCCCCCCCCCCACCCCCCACCAGCCGCUGGGCCCACUGUAUCCCUGCAGUGGCAAGUCUGUUGCUCCAUAUUCCAGUUAUAAUAAAUUCCAUUAGCUGUGAAGAAGCUUGGAAUGUCCUGGAUUCACAGUAAGUGCAAUAGAAAUGUAGGUCUUUCUAAGCAGUGAUGGUCUGCAUACUUGCUCUUCUGAGGUUGGCCUGUUCAUAGAUCAGUUAAAAAGUUAAAGGUGAUGAUCGAAGGAAGGGCUUUAACAUAUCUCUUCUCUGCCUUGAUGCUGUGCAUCUACUCAAUGUGGUCAGGUAUCACUGUUUUGAUCUAAACUCUGUGCUAACGUGAAACUAAACCUGUUCUGCCUUCACGAUGGGUUAGCAGAGAGGGUGAUCGGCUUUUUGUAAGCUCACUGACCACUUCCUGAUUCUGCAGUGAGUAAGAUAGUGCACCUUGAAGGAAGACCAGCCUUCCCAGAUGCAGUUCUCAUCUAGUGAGUAUAUUGACCCCCUCCCCCCAUCAACCCCAUCACUACCACAGAUAAACUCAAAACAGCUUGCAAUUUGAAGACUUAUCUUGCUGGACAGGUGUUGUCAGCUAUGCUCUGCCAAGUUUUGGCCAGAGUACAGAAAGAUUAGCAACAUCAGCUGCUAAUGAUGAGAGGUUUCUCAGGAUGGGUUCAUGGUCUUUUUAUCAUCUGAAGCCACUCUAGGCCAGGUGGGCCACUGCCUCAUCCGUUGGCUUUGGGAUGUGAAGGGUCAGUUUGGCCAGUCUUCUGUAUCUGGAUUAGGUUAGUGUGGCACUGGGCCAAAUCUGGUGUAGCCCAGCUAACAUCCUUCUGCAUCAAUGGGAAAUUAUCAGGUGGGGUGGGGUGAUGAGUCAGGAAUAUCGAUGUUCGAUGUGCCGUGGAAAUGGCAGUGUGGCCCAGGCCAGGAGCUUCUGACUUCUGUUUACUACUGCUUGUUAAGGUUUAACCUUAACACUCCCUCAAUGCUGAUGGCUGCACGGCUAGGCACACUUCAAAACCCAGUUACAAAUUUGCUAAUAAAGCACUUUUAGUAGAAACUCGGAUAGCAAUGAGGAGAUGUUUAGGAACACAAUAGAUCAGCUGGUCAAGUGGUGUCACAGUAACAAUCUUGCACUCAACAUCAGCAAGACCAAAGAAUUGAUUGUAGACUUCAUGAAGGGGAAGUUGGGAGAGCACACCGAUUUUUAUUGAGGGGCAGCAGUUUCAACUUACUGAAUGUCAAUGUCUCAAAGGAUCUAUUCUGGAUCCAACAUAUUGAUUUAAUUACAACAAAUGCACACUAGCAGCUAUACUUCAUUGGGAGUUUUUAUCUAUCACCAAAGACUCCAGCAAAUUCCUACAGACGUACUGUGGAGACAUUCUGACUGGUCGCAUCACCAUCUGGUAUGGAGGGAUCAAUGCACAGGAUUGGAAAAAGCUUCAGAGAGAUGUAAACUCUGCCAGCUCUAUUAUGGAUACGAGCUUCUCUACCAUUGAGAACAUCUUCUAAAGGCAGCAUCACCAUCUGGGACAUGCACUGUUGUCAUUACUACCAUCAGAGAGGUAGUAUUUGAGCCUGAAGACCCACAUUCAAGUUCCUUCCCCUUAGAUUUCUGAGUAGUUAAUGGACACCAACUGCCUCACUACUCCUCUCUUGCACUGAUUUAUUGUAACAGAUUACACAAAACUAUGAGGGGUAUAGAUAGGGUAAAUACAAGCAGGCUUUUCCCACUAGAGGCUGUAGUUUAAGGGUGAAAGCAAAAUAUUUAAAGAGAACCUGAGAGGGACUUCACUCAGAGGGUUGCACAAGUGUAGAGUGAAUUGCCAGCAGAGAUGGAUGCAAGUUCAACUGCAACAUUUGAGAGAAAUUUAGGUAAAUAUACAAAUGAGAGGGGUAUGGAGGUGUGGGUAGAUUACACUAGAUCAGCAUGGACUAGACAGAAUGAUAGAUCUGUUUUGCUGUAGUGACUAGUAAUUUGCUAUACCUACACUGUCACAGGAAAGCUGCAUGCAUCAAGAACCCCAACCAUCCAGACCCAGCUCUCUUCUUGCUGCUGCCAUCAGGAACAGUUAUUCCCCCUUAACCAUUGGCCUCUUGAACCGGAGGCAAUAAAGCCACUCACUGUUCCCACAACCGAUGGACUCACUUUCAAGGACCCUCCAUCUUAAUAAAUAAGCAAUUACUUAUUAAUUUCUUCUGUAUUUGCAGAGUUUGUCAGUCCAUCCUGCUGAGUGCAGUCUUUCAGAUUUACUGUGUAAAAUAAAUCUCAGGGUUGUAUAUGGUGACAUAUAUGUACUUUGGGUAAUAAAUUUACUUUGAACACAAA